UACUGAUGCCAACCCGGAUUACUGCCAACUUCAUUCUAAUGUAUCUUCGUUUCUUGUGGACGUUACAAAGAUAAUUGAUUGUGAAAGAUUAAGUAGAAAAAUAUUUAAUAUUAGAAAAAUUCAAUAUGUCAGAUAUGAUUAAUUUGAUAUUUUCAAAAAGUAAUGUUUUUAUAUGGAACGCGAACGAUUGGCUAACACUGCGGAAAGAUCAUAGAAUAACUGGAGAAUUAGUGGGAUGUCUUCCAAAAUAUCCCAGACAAGAAGUACUUUCAGGCCUUCCGUUGCUUUUGUUGCCAGAAGAAGUUUCCCUUUUAUUAGAAAAAAAAAUUGCUCGUGUUGUUAAAUAUUUGCAUUUACAAUACCCUCCUAACGAAUCGUUAAAAGAAACUUUUGACAAAUAUAGACAGAUAUUGUUUAUGGAACAGGAAAGAUGCUUGAAAAAAGAAAAAGAAAAACAGGUUGUAGCAAUGAUGGAUAAAAUUGUAGAAGGAAAAAGACGAAAAAUAUUAGGGAUAGAAACAAAUAAAAGGAAAAUGCGAAAACCUUUAGAUAAAGAUUUACAAGAAGCUUUAAGGAAUAUAGAAGUAAAUACUAAAGAUCUCUUUGAUGAACAAAUGUCAAAAUUGCCUAAAUUAGAAAAAAGUGAAGCACUUGUACAAACACAUACGGAAUAUCCAUGGUGGAAUUGGAGUGACUUCGAAGUAGUUCAAUGGAAAUAUCCAAAUACCCUACAAGAAAAACUUCGAUAUGAGACAUUUAAAGACCUUUGGGAACGGGGAUAUUAUAUAACAAAUGGAGAAAAAUUUGGUGGCGACUUUCUAGUAUAUCCAGGCGACCCGAUUAUGUUUCAUUCUCAAUUUAUAAUUCAGUGUAAAAACAGAAACGAGGAAAUACCUAUCACAGAGCUUAUUGGACAAUGUCGUAUUGCAAGUCAUGUUAGAAAAACCCAAAUAUUAGCCACAUUCUCUGAAGAUGGUAAAAGUGUAAAAUAUCAAUCAUUUCAAUGGGCUGAAAACAGUGGACUUGAAAACAGAUAGGAACGAUUGUAAACAAUUUUCGUAAUUAAUACUCGUCUAAUUGUA